UGGCUUAGAUGAAUACAUAUUAUGUUGUUGUUGUUAUUGCCAGAUGCCCUUCCUGUCACUAACCUUUAUCUGUUUUCUAUACAUCUUUGAAUGUAUAAGAGCUGACAGAUGAUUUUUUUUUUGUUUUUGACAGGGAAUAAAAACAAGCUUCACCAUUUGUAGUUCUGCACUUUUUCAUGUAAAGCACAGAAUGUAAACAUUCAUACAGAAACAUACAUACACACCUGUACAUGCAUGCAUACAUACACACACGAAAUUGUGUGUGUGUGGUUGUGUGGUAAGAAGUUUACUUCCCAACCAUAUGGUUUUGGGUUCAGUCCCACUGCACAACUCCCUCAACAAGUGUCUUUUACUAUAACCCCUGAAUAAUGUAGUCUUAGAUAGAUACAAGGGGUUGCCAAAAAGUUCCUGGCUUUAAGAGUAUUGCAAAAGGCCUGGCUGGAGGCCCAACCUUCUGAGUUCUUUUACAGGGCUCAGAAAAACUGAAGGACCGCUGUCAAUAAGUGUGUGAAUCUGAGAAGGGAAUAUGUUGCAUAAAAUCAUAAUUAACUGAUCCUCCUGUAUUUUCUUUUACCCCAAAGUCAGGAACUUUUCAGCACCCCUUCAUAAACUGUGUCUGAAUAAAAAGUAUGGGAUGGUCAUGGUUGGAACGUUUAUGAUCACAUGUGGGGCUAAACAACAACACUGGAUUAUCUGUGUAUGCAUCAGGGAUUCUCCUACUUGAUUUAAUCCAAGUUCGCUUAGAAAUAGAGAUGUAUGAGAAGCUGAUUAACGAGCAGCACCAGAAGAAUUCUUUACUUGAAUACAAAAUAUCUCAAAUGAAAGAGCAGCUGCAGGAAGAGAUAUUGGAGUCGAAAUGCUGCCAGAUUAGAUCUGACACUUUGAAUAAACAGAAAAGAGAUCUACAAGAGAGAUAUGAGACCUACACAAAAAUACUGAACAACACCAAACAGCAGUGGCGCCAGGAGUUUGUGGAGUUCUGUAAUGAGGUGCCAAUCUUCCUCAAUACACAUGGCCUGAUGGCUUCUACCAGGAAAAAUGGUAACAUUGCCAUCAAGAGAGAAAUGGAGAAACUUCUUGAAGAAGAAAAACUCUUGAAAACCAACUUCAAGAAUUAUGAAGAUAUUUCAGAGAAGUUGAAGAAUUUAAAUAAUCAAUAUCAACAGCUCCAACAUCAACUUGAAGAACAAGACAAAGCAGUUGAUGAGCUGAAGGUGGAGAAGGAAAUAUACUCUGACAAGUUACAGAAGUUAACUAAAGAAAAACAUGAAGUUGACUGCAAACCAAAAACUGAUCCCUAUUUCCUUGGACUACAUAGUGAGACUGUGAAUCAGCAGAGGGAGUAUGACCACUUGAGGAAACAGUGUGAGCAGAAAAUCUUGCAGUUGAAGCAUCUUCAACAAAAACACAGCAAAAAUAAGUCAAAAUUAGCUAAACCCAUGUUAAAAUGAAUGCGGUGCUCCAGCAUGGCUGCAGUCAAAUUGCUGAAACAAGUAAAAGAAUAUUUAAUCUAUUUAUUCUACUUCCUCUAUAUCUCAUAUAUAGCAUUCUCUCUCUCUCUCUCUCUCUCUAUAUAUAUAUAUGCUUUACUAAAAAGCAGCAAAACUAUACCAUACUUUUAUUGACUUUUUGUUUCCUCCUCACAUAAGCCAAAAACAAACCCUGGAAGAGCAUACCUUUAAUGCAAGUCUGAUGAAGUGCCACUCUAAUGUCUAAGAACCACAAAUAUUACGUGAAUUUUCAUUUUGAACUUUUGCAUAAACUGACAUUGAAAGCAGAGUUGGUACAGAAACAAUUGUAACGAAUCAUUAAAGAUGCCUUCAACUAUU